UCCUCCUCCUCCUCCUCCUCUCCUCCUCCUCCUCCUCCUCCCAUGCCAACCUGCUGCCGCCUUUGUCAGCGCAGCCCGGCGCUAUGGCAUCCUGCUGGGGCUUCAGGCUCGGGCUCUUCCUCCUCCUCUUCCUCCCGGCUGGCAAGCGGCUGCUGCAGCGGCAGGGCCAGCCCUGACGGGCAAGAAAGAGGCAGGCGGAGCCCCCCCAGAAGUGGAGCACAGUUUCCAGGAUAAACAACAAAAUACGCUUGAGCUAUGGAGUCCAACCAGGAAACCUCACUCUUCCUGGUGAAGAUCUUGGAGGAGCUGGACACAAAGCAGAACACCGUUUCUUACCAGGAUCUCUGCAAGUCACUCUGUGCAAGGUUUGAUUUGUCCCAGUUGGCCAAACUCAGAAGUGUGCUGUUUUACACUGCUUGCCUGGAUCCUAAUUUCCCAGCGACUUUGUUCAAAGACAAAAUGAGAUGCACUGUAAACAAUCAGCAAUCAAAGAAAAUCAUGGUUGCAGCAGAUAUAGUAACAAUAUUCAACCUCAUACAAAUGAAUGGGGGAGUGGCCAAGGAGAAGCUUCCAGUUGCAAGGCAGAAAGUGAAGAAGAAAGAGUCCUUCGAGUCCUGCAGAUCCGACACAGAAAUCUGCAACGUGGCAGACUGCGUGCCCAAUUGCGAGCUGAAUGACCAGGACUUUAACCAGGGCUUUCCGGUCAGAAGGUCUUCAAAAUGCAGGAAGAUGGACUGCAAAGACUGCCAACAGUUCGUUCCCUCAUCAGAACCCAACUUUUUGCUUGGGGUCAAUAAGGAGAUGAAGGGCCGGGCUGCCUCUCUGGACAGGCUGCAGGCUCUGGCAUCCUACUCCAUCGCCACGUCUCCGCCAUGUGAGAUGCAGAGUACAUACUUCCCCAUGAACAUUGAAAACGAAUCUAUUUCAGACCAGGACUCCUUGCCAAUAAGUGCAGGUCUGAAAGAAACCUUCAUUUCAAAUGAUGAGCCGUUUGUGAUGCAGUCGUGCAUCCAGAAAAGGAAUAUAUUCAAAGAAGAUUUUCAUAAUCUGAUUACAAUAUCUCCCAACUUAAUACCGCCCAACAAAAAGCCAGAAGAUGGACACAGAGAGCCUCAGAACAGGAAAGAAAGCUCUAAGCAGGCUUUCUUCAACCACAGCUUUGAAAUGCCAUACAGCAGCCAGUACUUGAAUCCAGUUUAUUCUCCUAUACCAGACAAAAGACGAGCGAAGCAUGAAAGCCUAGAUGAUCUUCAAGCUUCAACGUAUUUUGGCCCAACUACUAUUCUUGGGCCCCAGGACAACAAAAAGUGGACAGGAAAACCAACCAAACAAACUGCCUGGCCAGCUAAAAGCUGGAGCUUAAAUACUGAGGAGGUACCUGACUUCGAACGAUCAUUUUUUAAUAGGAAGCAGUCAGAAGAGAAGACGCGCUACCAGAGUUCGAACAACCCAUCUCCAAACUUUCCUUCAGCUGACAGGCAUCAGUCCUACCUAAAUGCAAAGGAUCAGCAACCAAUUAUGCAGACAAAUUACGCUGUGAAACAAAAUGGGCAUAAACCCAAGGAAAUUCCUUCCAUUCUAGAUGUGGAAAAACAUGAGCCGGUCAAAAAGUUUAAGGACAAAAGCAUUAAUUGUACUUCUGUUCAGAUCUUAAGCAUUGACAGGACCACAAGUGUUGGGACACAAACGGAGCAACAGGUCCUGGACCACAAAAAAUGCAAGGAUAUGUGUGCACCAGGCCAAGCCAAGUAUGGAGAGCGGCACUCCCUUAAGCACUCGGAUGAUGACUCUGAAAUUGUGAGUGAUGAUAUCAGUGACAUUUUCCGGUUUUUGGACGACAUGAGUAUCAGUGGGUCCACGGGAGUGAUGCAGUCUUCGUGCUACAACAGCACUGGUUCCCUGUCUCAGGUGCAUAAAUCAGACUGUGACAGCUCACCUGAGCAUAAUUUGACUAAAAUCUCCAAUGGGAGUGCCUGCAACAAAUUAGAAAAAGUGGUCCGGGCAGAUGUCAGUAACACGGACGAUGAACUGAAAACAAGUGUCUGCAAAUUGGUUUUGAGGAUUGGUGAAAUAGAGAAGAAACUGGAGUCUCUCUCAGGUGUCCGCGAAGAAAUCUCUCAAGUCCUGGGAAAAUUAAGCAAGCUGGAUCAAAAAAUUCAGCAGCCAGAGAAGGUCAGUGUACAAAUAGAUCUUAAUUCACUGACAAGCGAGGCCGUGUCAGAUGAAAGUAACUCCCCGCAGAUAUUUCAGUGCCACAACACUCCUCAUGGAGGCAAGCUGGAGAAUAAUCCAGAAUGGUGCUGUUCAGAUGCCAGUGGAAGUAACAGUGAAAGUCUUCGAGUAAAAGCCUUAAAAAAAAGUUUAUUUACUAGGAGGUCAUCAAGAUCAUUAACAGAGGAAAAUAGUGCAACUGAAUCCAAAAUAGCAAGUAUUUCAAACUCUCCCCGAGACUGGAGAGCUAUUACUUAUAGCAACCAAGUUGGCAUUACAGAAGAGGAGAUGAAAGAGAGAGAUGGAGGAGAAAAUAAAGACUGGCACAGGAAAUCUAAAGAGGCAGACAGGCAAUACGAAAUCCCACAGCCACAUAGACUCUCUAAACAGCCAAAAGAUGCUUUCUUGAUUGAACAAGUCUUUAGUCCUCAUCCCUACCCUGCAUCACUCAAGUCACACAUGAAGAGCAACCCGCUCUACACAGACAUGAGGCUGACGGAGCUGGCUGAAGUGAAACGCGCCCAGCCGUCAUGGACCAUAGAGGAAUACACGAGGAAUUCGGGGGAUAAAGGCAAGAUUGCAGCAUUGGAUCUACAAACUCAAGAAUCUUUAAACCCAAACAACUUAGAAUACUGGAUGGAAGACAUUUAUACUCCUGGCUAUGAUUCCUUAUUAAAACGCAAAGAAGCCGAGUUCAGAAGAGCAAAGGUUUGCAAGAUAGCUGCCCUAAUAGCAGCGGCAGCUUGUACAGUUAUUCUGGUCAUUGUAGUUCCCAUUUGUACAAUGAAAUCCUGAAUACGUGGACAGACUCGUGACUCCCAGCUGUGCGCAUCUCAGAUAGCUCAUUCUGUGUUUCAAGCGCCCGAUGGCAAAACCGUAAGGAAUUUGCUAAGGAAGAAUGUUCUGAGGAUAUCCUGGUGGAGAUUGCUGUAAAUGUAGACAGAACACAAAACGACGAGAGAAACAUUUUUUUUCGAGAAGUAUUAUUUUAAAUAACAGAGCAUGUGGCGGAGUUGAUGGGAACUCGGUUCGAUUUUUAUGCAUUUUUAAAAGUGCAAUAUUUUUUUUCCUAAAGAAACAAUAUAAUGUUUUACAGAAUCAGAGACUGACAAGAAUCCAGGCAAAAGAGGAAGGUUGUCUGAGCUAUGUUGCAUUUACUGGAGGUGUGAGUACCUGGAGGUAGCACUGUAUAGAAGGGAAUGUUCUAUAUGCAUUACAUCGGGGAGCUAAGAACGUCUUAAAGCUCUCUACAAUGUAGAAAACUCUGAAUGUAUUGUAUUUAUUUAUAGCAUUUAUGUAUUUCAUGAUCAUUUGAUUGAAAGCAGACUGUGUAGCCAUGAACAGAGUUCAUUCCUAUGUUCAGAUUAAAAAGGGCUUUUUAUAUUUGGUCUUGCCCUAAGACCCACUCUAUCAUCACUGAGUACUUAGAUAAGUGCAAUGUGCUGCAGACCAAAAAGAUUAUGUUUUAAAGCAAUCAAAAGAGGUUUUAGUUGCUUCUGUUGAAUAACAUUUGCAUAGAGCUGGCAAACAUGCCUUGCCAAAAGGGUAUUCUUUACCUCUGCAGACAGUGAAACUGUCUCAAUUUCACUCCUGCCAGCAAGCAAAGCUGGCAAAUCCAAGCAACACUCAGUUAAAGUUCUCAUAAAUGUAAUCUGAACAGUUAUAAUUUUGUCACAAAGUCUUUGUGCCUUUUUUUAGACUGUAGAUGAAACAGAACUGUUUAAUUUUGCUAUUUUGAGCCCAUAACAUAAAUCACAACAUAAUGGGUACUAAUGGAGGUUCUCUUCCCGCAAGCCUUCUAUACAGUUCAGAUUGCUCCUCAGAUUGCAGGGCUGGAGGUUACUGAGCACUUACAUUAAGGGCACAGUCUUACAGCACGGGUAGAAACUUGCUGUUAGUGCAAUGCAUUUGGCACAGGGAGCUCGUCUGCUUCCCCUAGUGCUAAUGUACUUAAGAAUGAUGGUUGACUCUGCUGGACAGCAAGCAGUCUGUAACCCCACGAGAAACAUCCAUUUAAUGCUUUAUCCCAAAUGCACAUAGCAGUUUAAAAGGACUUCUCGAGUUAUGAUAGAAAUGAUGUGCCAUGGUUAGUGAAAGCAAACGCCCAGACAGUAUUUCUCUUCUGUCACGAGUGGAUGGGGUGUGU